AUGUAUCAUCAUUUAUCAUAAAUAAAUCCAGUCCGAAAAGGUCGUUCAUGUGCAGUUUAACUGGAAGCUACUAUUUCCGACAGCACGUCAAGGCAGCACCCGUCCAGCGAAGACGCACGUGUGAAGUAGCGGAGUUUCUGUCUCCUCCAAUCAGCGCGCUGUCUCACUCAGCCCCCGUCCAAUGGGAAUAGCGCGCGUGCAGGUGGCUGCGCUAUUAUCAGCGGGUCCCGCUUCACUGUGAGGCUAGAGCGAGUCAAUUUAUGGAAAGACAAGUCGAGCCCUUAAUGGUUCCCAUCAAAACCACUAAAAACAUCAUCAGAGCGGCCGACAGAGAGGAUUCUUCUGCUGGACGCAUGCUGCCGCCUCCCAGCUGACUCUGCGAGCAAAACACGCGCACGGAGAGACAUUUUUUGGGAGUUUGACCAAUCCGCCUCUCCACUUCCACUUCCCCAGAGAGAAGAAGAGAAGUUCGCUUUUGCUCCAAGUUUUCCACUCUUCCUCCUGCAGGAUACUUUUGCAGAAAGUGGCCUGGUUCCCGACUCUCUCCAAGCCGCUCUGCGCCUUUUAUCCGCCGCUAUUAGGUUCUCUUUAUUCCCCGUUUUCUACCCGAGCGAGUCCGGUGGUUCAUGUCCACAAAUGUUAGCGGUGGGGCAAAUGGAGGCUAACCGGCAGAGUGCUUUCGUCCUGGGCAGCACCCCGCUGGCGGCGCUGCACAACAUGACCGAGAUGAAGACGUCCCUGUUCCCGUACGCGCUGCAGCAGAGCCCGGCGGGCUUCAAGGCGCCACAUCUCUCCAGCCUCAACUCCCAGAUGGCCGGGGGGACCCCGCACGGAAUAAGCGACAUCCUGGGGAGACCCAUCACCACGGCCGGCCAGCUGCUCUCCGGGUUCCCCCGGAUAAACGGCCUGACCACCACGGCGGCCGCCGCAGCAGCCGCGGGGAUGUACUUCAGCCCGGCCAUGUCUCGGUACCCGAAGCCCCUGGCCGAGCUGCCGGGGAGGGCGCCCAUCUUCUGGCCCGGGGUGAUGCAGGGGUCUCCCUGGAGGGACCCGAGGGUUCCGUGUCCUAGUCAAGCUAACAUGAUGUUGGACAAGGACGGCAAGAAGAAACACUCCAGACCUACUUUUUCAGGACAGCAGAUUUUUGCACUGGAAAAAACUUUCGAGCAGACUAAAUACCUGGCCGGCCCAGAGAGAGCCCGCCUGGCUUAUUCUUUAGGAAUGACCGAGAGUCAAGUCAAGGUUUGGUUCCAGAACAGAAGAACCAAAUGGCGGAAGAGACACGCAGCAGAAAUGGCCACGGCCAAGAAGAAGCACGACUCCGAGACGGAGAAGAUGAAGGAGAGCUCGGAUAACGAGGACGACGACGAGUACAACAAACCACUGGACCCAAAUUCGGACGACGAGAAAAUCACGAGACUGUUGAAAAAGCACAAGGCCACCAACCUGGCGCUGAUCAGCCCCUGCAGCAACAGCUCGGACACCUUGUGAUGCGCACAGCUUGGGGGGUUUGGGCAAAGUGUGUGCGCGUGGGGGGGUCCAACAGAGACUUGUCGCACUCUUUCUGACCCCCUUUUCCACCUGACACUAUAAGAACAUGCGCCUGAUGGGGACCGCAUUGCUCAGACAUGAGCGAGAGAAUGCGUAAAAACCGAGUGUGUGCCAAAAGACGCGCGCACCAAAACAUGGCCAGAGACGCAUUUUGGCUGCAUCCAAACCCACAAACAGACUCUGUACACACGGAGACAGACUGACUGGUGUCAGAACUGGACUUCAACGGGACUGAAAAGUUCACGUCAGUUGAAAGGACACAAAUAUUUGGGGACAGGAAAUUGUUUUGGCGACGCAAAUCAGUUUUUACGCAUACAAGUGGAGUUUUAACAACAGGUGUAAAUGUAAACAAAAUAUUCUAUACACACACAAUCCGGAUCAGUGUUGGGCUCAUUAGUGUGACUCACUACUUUUAUUCCACUACUGGUGCAGUGUAAUUCAUUGUGACAUUAUUUCCCGUUAAGCCUGGGUCACCUUUCCAUUCAUCCAGCUCUGAAUGUUCCUGUUAAUUACAUAAUUUCCAUAAUAUUUGAAUAUUAUGAAGGAAAAAAUACAUUAUUAUGAGCCAUUUUUUUAAAUUCUGAUGCUCAUAAAAUCUGCACCAUUUUUUAGAUAACUCGUUUGGGUUUAAACAAAAGCAUCCAUUGUUUUCUAUACUUUAAAUAGAGGACAGUAAGCUUUUUAAUAGAGCUGAUUUAUGAGCCGCCAACUCUGAUCCGGAUCAGACGCAUGUUUAAAUCGGCAGGUGUAAACGGGGCCUGUGAUGCUUCUAAAGCUCAGUGUAACCAGGGUAUCCACUGUCCUAAAAGGCGAGAGUGAAGUGUUAGUGAGGAGGCGCAGGUUCGACAUGAAUGAAUGAUUUGUGCUGUAGCCUAAAGAUGAAAAUGUUCCGUGAGAUUGUAUAUAUUUUUUACUGAAUAAGUUAUGUGGAAACGCGCUUCUUCCCUCUCAGAUAAACCUGCUGCUUGGUUUUUAUUCCUGCAGAGUAACGUCGCCCCCCUUUUUUCUUUUUCUCCACGUUUUCACUUCCGGGCACACAAAUGUAUAGACGCAAACUGCUGUAAAUAAUCAGUGUUUUAACCACCAUCACAGUUUUUUCAUUGGAUAAAAGUUUGUGUUACCUCAUCACACAGCGGGAUAGAAAAAAAAACCAGACCAUCGUUUCUGUUGGAAUUAAAGAGAGUAUUAUUGCUUCCGGGAAGGUUACAGGAAGAAAAAAAACACUUUGUAUUAUGAAUAAAUUAUUUAACAAGCAAUUUUUUGUUUUAUGAUGGGUUUUGUUUUAAUGUAUGGGCUUAAUAUAAAUUAAAGAUAAAUUCAUGAC